AUGUCGGCCUCUUCUUCGUAUAGGGAGGCUGAGCGAAGCUCGGAGCAGCCGAAGUCGAAGAAACCUGAGCCUCUGCCCCUCUCGAAUGGACCGAAAUUAGCAUCGCCGUUCCCUUCUCCCACCGAAGCCAAGCAGCCUGCGUCAAUCAACCAGACUUCACCAGCAGAGAAUUCCGGUGAAAAUGUGGACCCCGAAAAUCAGCAGCUGUCGAGGGAGGUUGACGGGGUACAAGGGGAUAAGGAGAAUCUGUGUCCAUCGAAAACACCGCAUAGCCCACCAAAAGAUAAACCGUCCUUGAGCACUCGAUUGCCGAACCGGUCGACGUACGAUCAGCCCCAGUCAUCGAGUCGUCAUCAACAUCAAUUGUCUAUUCCUGGAAUGUCUCCCCCGUCUCGUGCCCCCAGUGUACAAUUUCGAGACACUGAUAAUGAGGGCCUCGAAUUGCCCCAUUCCCGGCCCCAGUCACGACCGCAGUCCAGGCCGCCCUCCCGGCCGUCCUCCUUGUAUGGCGAAGAAGGAGAUCAGGCUCUGAAAGGGAAGCAGUCAUUGCUCACCAAGCUGAAAUCGCUCGCCGCAUCGCCCCCAUUUGCGUCACAUUCCCGAUCGGCGAGCGGAGCAACAAUCGAGAGGGGAGAAUUUCGCUUCCCUGAACCCUUGCCCGAAGAGGAUACCGAUGCCGAUGCCGAUGCCGAAGAGAGCGGCGGAGAACAGCGCGGUAGUCGGAAAAAGAGGAAAUUACCGCGGAAGAUGCGCCAGAAUGAGGAAGAGGACGUGUCCCGCACAGCGCCCACGACUCCCAAAACUACACGCCGACCGUCCUUUCAUUUGGCAUCCUCAUUUGCACCCUUUGAAAACUAUCGCUCUAAUCUCUUCCCCCGACGAGCAAGCACUACGGACUUUAUGCCUCAACAGCGGGAGGGCGUAUCCGAAGACGAAGGCCGUGAAAGGCUCAACCGACGGAUCAGGGGGCUUGGGCUAGUUCCCGCGGUCUUUCAUACAGUGGAAGACAACAAGAUGCACAAGACGAACAACGACCCAAGUAGUCUCGCAGCAACCUGGAGACGGCAUCGAAACGAACGGGGGACCAGUGCCAGUGCUCAGCGAUGGAGGCAGAUUAAAGCGGGCUUCAAGUUAAUCGGCCAGCGACGCAAACCAGACAACACUGUGGACAACAAGAAAUCAGCAGAGCUACUUGCUGAAUUGGCAUCUGCCGUUCCCGCUGCGUUAAUCUUAGCCAGUGCGUUCCAGCGGGAUGAGCACGGAAGCAAGAGGAUUCCGAUUCUCUUGGAGCAGCUGAAGGUUCGUGUUACAGACAGUCGCAUCGAUUCUCAUUCUGGCGAUCGCCACCUGGUGUUCCGUAUCGAAAUGGAGUAUGGGAGUGGUAUGACGCGAAUGAAAUGGAUCAUCUUUCGAACCCUGAGAGAUUUCGCCAACCUGCACUUGAAGUAUAAGCUUCAUCUUGGGACCCAGAAAUAUAUCCAGCUGCGAACUAGCGAAAACAGCCCCAGCAUUCCUCGCUUUCCUCGGAGCGCUUUCCCCUAUCUGCGCGGCGUGCGUGGCCUUGAGAGCGAGUUCGAGGAUGAGGACGAAGAUGGCGGAUACGAAACUGGCCCCGAGGCGAUGAGUGGAAACGAAAGGGCUGGAAAAAAGAGGAGACAGAGCCAGCAACACCAACGCCGGCCCUCAGCGCCCAUCGCUCGCCGAAAAUCCAGUGUGACCAAUCCCCAUGAUGGCGAGUCCGUCGCAGCUCCCUCAUCCACACACGAAGGAUUCCCCGGAGGCAAACGAGAAACAUAUCCAGAACGACAACGCAAGAAACUCGAGGUCUACUUGCAAAAUAUGAUUCGUUUCUUAAUAUUCCGAGCAGAUAGCAAUCGCCUGUGCAAGUUCCUCGAGUUGUCCGCUCUCGGGGUUCGUCUCGCAGCAGAAGGAAGUUAUCAUGGCAAGGAAGGUUUUCUGAUCAUCCAGUCGUCGAAGGGUCUUGAUUUCCGCAGGGCCCUGACCCCGUCUCUUAUCAAGAAGCGACACUCUCCCAAAUGGUUCCUGGUUCGGCACAGCUACGUUGUUUGCGUGGAUUCGCCCGAGGAGAUGAGCAUCUACGACGUCUUCUUAGUGGAUCCCUAUUUCAAGAUCCAAACACAGAAGAUCAGUCUCCGCAACCAAAAGCCCAAGGAUCUAGCCAAGUCAGCUAAGCAGUCCGCGAGACACCCUCAACACCACACUCUCCGGCUCGAAAACUCAGAGCGCAAGCUGAAAUUGCUAGCUCGAAACGAGCGUCAGCUUCAGCAAUUUGAGGACUCGAUCCGUUUUAUGGCCGCCAACACCCCGUGGGUGCGACCAAAUCGAUUUGAUAGUUUUGCUCCGGUACGACAGAAUUGCUUUGCGCAGUGGCUGGUCGACGCACGCGAUCAUAUGUGGGUUGUAUCGCGCGCAAUCAACCAGGCAAAGGAUGUAAUUUAUAUCCAUGACUGGUGGUUGAGCCCGGAGUUGUACAUGAGACGCCCUGCUGCCAUCAGUCAGAAAUGGCGAUUGGAUCGUCUCCUACAACAGAAAGCCCGAGAGGGCGUCAAGGUCUUUGUCAUUAUGUACCGCAACAUCAACUCGGCCAUUCCCAUUGAUUCAGAGUACUCCAAGUUCUCGCUUCUCGACCUUCAUCCCAACAUUUUCGUCCAACGGUCACCGAACCAGUUCCGCCAGAAUACCUUUUUCUGGGCCCACCACGAAAAGCUGUGUCUUAUCGAUCACACACUGGCCUUUGUCGGAGGCAUUGAUCUCUGUUUUGGGCGAUGGGACACCCCUCAGCAUCAACUGACUGACGACAAACCCACAGGCUUUGAAACCACUGACACAUCGAAGGAUGCAGACAACUGCCAGCUUUGGCCUGGCAAGGACUACUCCAACCCUCGGAUCCAGGAUUUCUAUGAUUUGGACAAGCCGUACGAGGAAAUGUAUGAUCGUAACGUCGUGCCGCGGAUGCCUUGGCAUGAUAUCUCGAUGCAUGUGGUGGGACAACCCGCCCGGGAUCUCACUCGGCAUUUUGUUCAGCGGUGGAACUAUAUCCUUCGCCAGCGGAAGCCUACACGACCUACUCCAUUCCUCUUGCCGCCACCAGACUUUGUUCCUGCUGACCUAGAAGCUCUGGGGCUGGACGGAACCUGCGAGGUGCAGAUCCUGCGCUCUAGCAGUAUGUGGUCGACGGGAACCCCUGAUGUGACCGAGCACAGCAUCAUGAAUGCCUACGUCAAGUUGAUCGAGGAGUCUGAACAUUUUGUCUACAUUGAGAACCAAUUCUUCAUCAGCACCUGCGAAAUUGAUGGCAGGAAGAUUGAGAAUUCCAUCGGAGAUGCUUUGGUGGAGCGCAUUGUCCGAGCGGCCAAGAAUGAGGAAGCAUGGCGCGCCGUUAUCGUCAUCCCGUUGAUGCCGGGUUUCCAGAAUACCGUGGAUAGUGAGGGCGGAACGAGUGUGCGUCUAAUUAUGCAGUGUCAGUACCGCAGCAUCUGCCGUGGGGAAACCUCGAUUUUUGGUCGCCUGCGUGCUCUGGGAAUUGAACCGGAGGACUAUAUCCAAUUCUUUAGUCUGCGGGCCUGGGGAAAGAUUGGGCCACACAAACAGCUGGUUACCGAGCAACUCUACAUCCAUGCAAAGUGCAUGGUCGUCGACGAUCGUGCCGCAAUCAUUGGAUCUGCAAACAUCAACGAGCGUUCCAUGCUGGGAUCGCGAGACUCGGAAGUUGCAUCGGUUGUUCGGGAUACGGACAUGAUCAUGUCUACCAUGAACGGCAAGCCCUAUCUUGUUGGGCGGUUCCCGCACACUCUGCGUAUGCGCUUGAUGAGGGAGCAUUUGGGAAUCGAUGUUGAUGAGCUUCUGGAGCAUGAUUUUGCCACCGAAGAAGAGCUUCGCAAGAUCCAGGUCGCAGAGAAAGAGGACCGCCCGGCCAACGAUCGAGAGCGACAUGGGUCAGAAUCCUCCGUCGCAGAGCGACAGGACGAGCGGGAAAUGAUAGAACGUCGGCAUCGCAUUCAAGACGAGUUCCUUUCUCGAUCGGAGGAGAUGCAUAGCUUCAAUCAUGAUGUCGACUGGGAGCAGGGUAACAACCCCAACCUCAAAUCCAACCGGAAGCUCACUGCCGACCCGCGAGUUACGGACAAUCCUGAUCACCAGAAGGAUGUGAAUGGGGAUGGCACCGACCACCUGAAAGCUGCCACUCAAGCCGGCUUGAGUGUCGCUCGGGAUUCGCAGAUGAUGAUGAAUGGUAGAGAAGCGUUGGUCUCUCCGAUCUCUUCGGAAGGCAAGGGCUCUAUAGAGCAGCCGUCGCCGCGCAAACCAUCUCGAGCAACAUCAGCCCGCAGGGAUACAAGACAAGAAUCUUCCACCGACACGCCGCGUGAUUCCGAGACCAACGGCCACCCGGAUAGCUCAUCGCAUGGUCAUGCUCCCUCGGGAUCGUCUAGCCGUGAAUCUGAGACCGGCAGUAGCGGCUUGAUUGUUUCCAAAGAGAAUCACGAUAUCUCCAAAUACCCGCCACUUGGCCCGGAAUUUAAACGGAUCUUCGUCGACAAACAUUGCAUGAGAGACCCGGUGAAUGACAGCUUCUACUUGGACACCUGGCAAGCUGUCGCUGAGAAGAAUACCAAAAUCUUUCGGUCAGUCUUUCGGUGCAUGCCCGAUAGCGAGGUCAAGAAUUGGAAAGAAUACAAGGAGUAUGCCGCGUAUGGGGAGCGCUUCGCAGAAAUGCAACAUCAGCAACGCAGCAAGGUGUUCCAAUCCCCGUCCCAGAGACAAAAUGGUCCUGGAGCUGGUUCCAGUACUACUGCCACAGUCAGCUCCCCGUCAUCCGUCGUGAGUCCAAAGACUGAAGGACCGACGGCAAACACCAAAACUCCUCAGACGAUUGAUGAAAAGGCCGAACUCGUUGCAUCCGGCGCCAUCCGAAACGAAUCCGAUCGUCCUCAGCCCGAACUUGUGAAGCAGGAGACGUUGUCUUCUAUCGAUGAGAAGUCCGCCCUCAGAGCGGCCUCAGACCCACAGCUGUUGAGUAGCACGCAGAAUCGACAUAGCGAAGAAAAUGGCCCUACCGGGGACGAUGCCGAGAAACCUCGAUCCAACUCGGCCCAUGUCGACUACUCCGAAGCCGUCAAUCUGAAUUCAACUUCUCAGUCACGGAGGCGAAGGCGAAGAAGAGCAACGACAAUUGGCUCCAAGCGAGACUUCCAUGCUUCCGACGAGGUAAUGGAUAUGCAACGCGCCGAGGAUCUUCUGAAUAAGGUCCAGGGCCACCUGAUUCUUUGGCCGUAUGAAUGGUGCGUUUUGAAUGCUGCUUGUCGUGGACAGGUUGGCGUGUAUACUGACAAUGUUUCACCACAGGCUUGA